AUGGACUCCUCAGACCUGGAACUCUUCUUCAACAGUCACUGGAAGACAACCAUCGAGCAAUGCGAGAAUUCAUUGGAGCCCGAUGACUUGGAGCAGGUGCGAUUGAUUACUUCAUGGGAUUCAGUGCAGAAAGAUGUGUUGGACUCGGCAGGCACGGAUUCCAGCAAAGUGAUUCCAUAUGAAAUCGCUUUAAUCAAACCUACACUUGGCCACUUCCACCAAUUUACCCAAGUCUUUGAGUCUCAAUUGGCCCCUGGCAUUCAAGCGGAUUAUUUCUGGGGCAUCAUCGGAGUCCUGCUCAAGCUCACUGCGCAAGAUCCGCAAGCGCUUUCCAAGAUCCCACGAAUGCUAAAGUCUCUUGGCUACAAAGCAGAGGCUUUCAAAGUACACUACACUGCGGCACGAGAGAGUCUGGACCAAAUAAAAGAAGCAUGCUUCGACAUUCAGAUUCAGCUAGUUGAAUUUUUCACAAGCGCGGUCAAGUAUAUGCGUGGCGAGGAAGAAGAAAUGAGGUACAACAGACGGGACGACCGAGAUGAUCGUUACGGACAAGAUGACCCCUGGCUACUGCUUCAACGCCGGUUCAUUGCUACAAAUCAGGAGCUCAUCGAAACGAUAGCGCGGAUCGAAAAUCUGGUUGCUGCGCGCCCCUCUGGGCUAGAUCAAAACAGUUCCUCGGAUAUAGCUACACUCACACAGCAAUUUCGUUGCAUGAUACUGCCAACCAAAAAGUCAUCUCGCUUCUUCAACAGAGUCGACACUUUCGUGAAGAUAGAUCAGGUCCUAGGCCGGGCGGGAUCAAAUACCUCUUUCCGAUCUAUAGCUUUCAAUGCGGCUAAAAUUGCCGGGAGCACAACCCAAUUUACACGACGAGAACUUGAUUCUUGUCCAGAAUUGGUUUCAAUCGACAGUCAUGGAAAGGCAAUCAUCACCACACGCAACCAUUCUCUAGCAUAUGAGCCUGCUACGUCAGGAUUGGAAAUAACCUCAUGGGAUGCAAAAACUGGUUCUGAGUUUCUUCUAUUCCUAUUGAAACGCAACAUCGGCAGCGAUAUCCAAGCGGAGGGAGACUCGGCAACCGAGCUUUCCAAGAAAUUGAGUGGUCACGCGUUGGGAAUCUCACACAUGGCUGGUCUGAUUCAUCGACGGUCUUGGUCCAUCGCCGAAUUCAUGCGAAUCUACCUGAAGAAUCCAAAGAGGGCUCACCAAACUGAGCUGCAGGCUGUGUGGGAUUUCUCCUUCGCUACUUUGGAGAAAGAUAGCCGGACAUUCCUAGGAAUUGCUUCAUUUUUGGUAUCGGAGAACAUUCCGCAGCUGCUCUUCGAAAUUGAGGAAGACAACGAUCUCCCAGAAGAUCUCGCGUUUUGUGUCGACGAGUUCAGUUUCUCAGAUGCAACAGAACCACUCCUGACCCUUGCCUUGAUCAAACGGGACAGAGAUGCUCGCGUCUUUUCUUGCCAUCGAAUGGUGCAAACGCAAUUCCGAUAUUAUCUGCCUCUCGAAGAGCGUCAGAAAGCCUUCGAUAACGCAGUUGCGCUUGUGUAUCACGCUUUUCCCAAGCAGUCAGAUGAGACUAAUAAGAACCAAUUCUAUCAACAGUGGACGCAGUGCAAUCGUUGCCUUCAACACGUUCUCAGUUUAAAAGACAAUUUCAAGGAAGAGCGGAGACUCGUGAAAAACUUCAAGGCGGGACCGCUGUUCUGCGAGCUCCUGAAAGACUGUCAGAGAUAUCUCUACGAGAUCAACGCGCUCACAGAUCUCGAGGACGUUUGUGAAGUGAAUCUCCAGGCCGUGAAAACACUAGACAACGAAGAACAGGCUACUGACAUUGCGGCUUCGACAUUGUCACAUCAAGCCAGCAUGUACGAGAGCACAGGGAAGGUGCAAAAGGCAAUCGAGCUCAACACCAAGGGUUACAAUAUGCGAUUACAAGAAAAUCCGUUGAAAGGCGGACUUCUUGGCGGCUUCGAGCAGAACCUGGCAUACAAUUAUAACACGGCCAACGAUCAUGAGACGGCACUGACAUGGUUCGAAAAGUCGAGGGAUACCUGGAUUGCUUGGAACGUCAAAGAGGGGAGGGAGGCCGAUUGGCCAACCGUGACAAAGAAGAAUAUGGCGAGAUGUCUUGUACAUCUUGGUCAAUAUGACAAGGCACAAGCAUUGCUAGAUAUCUCAAUCACUGAGUUCAAAAAGGAGAAAGCACUUAACUGGGCUAUGCUCGCAUACACAUACUUCGUCCUGGGAAUCCUCGAACGACGUCGGAACAGACCCGAAGCGGCGGAAGCAAGUUUCAUUGAGGCGCAGAAUCUGUGGUUCAAGGGGGAUCAGACGAGAUUGCAUCCGUUUAAUGCGGGGUGCAUAUACAAGACGGGAGUGGUUUGUCUUGAUCAGGGGAAGGUGGAGGCGGCUGUCAAACACCUCCGUGACUCCCUCGAAAUUACAAAGUUCCAUGCGAACGUCAUGCCCGUCGAGCACGCGCGGGGCUUGUUCAAGUUGUCCGAAGCGCUGUUUCAGGAUUCGUAUGAUGGCGAGGAGGCGGGUGAGUUGAGAGAUGAGGCGGAGCUUUAUCUAUUGAGGAGGGAUCCGCAGGCGGCGCAGUCUGGGAGGGAGGAGGAUUAUGAUCAGUGGGUGCCGAUCUUUUGGCGGUGAGGGGUGGCGGAGGGGGUUAGCUAAAUCGAUGGGAAGGCAGAGAGGAUGUUAGGUAAAAGUAGCCGGACAUACCUGCAAAGCAUGGUUUUGGCCCUCGGUAUAGUUGGCACUCGACAAUUUAGUCGUUGCGAUAGUAGG